UUGAGAAGCUGGCGGAGGACUGUAAGCGGAGCAUGGAGACUCUGAAGCAGGCCUUUGCCCGGGGUCUCCCCACGCCCACUGCUCGCUUUGAGCAGAGAACCUUCAGCGUCAUCAAGAUCUUCCCUGACCUCAGCAGCAACGACAUGCUCCUGUUCAUUGUGAAGGGCAUCAACUUGCCCACACCCCCAGGGCUGUCCCCCGGUGACCUGGAUGUCUUUGUUCGGUUCGACUUCCCCUAUCCCAAUGUGGAAGAAGCUCAGAAAGACAAGACCAGUGUGAUCAAGAACACAGACUCCCCUGAGUUCAAGGAGCAGUUCAAACUCUGCAUCAACCGCAGCCACCGUGGCUUCCGAAGGGCCAUCCAGACCAAAGGCAUCAAGUUCGAAGUGGUCCACAAGGGGGGGCUGUUCAAGACCGACCGGGUCCUGGGCACAGCCCAGCUGAAGCUGGACGCCUUGGAGACAGCAUGCGAGGUCCGGGAGAUCCUUGAGGCUCCCCUCACCCCGACCCAGGUCCUGGAUGGUCGCAGGCCCACAGGGGGGCGGCUGGAGGUGACGGUUCGGAUUCGGGAGCCGCUGACGGCCCAGCAGUUGGAGACGACAACUGAGAGGUGGCUGGCCAUCGACCCCGUGCCAGCAGCUGUGCCCGCAGUUGCUGGGCCCAAAGGGAAAGCCCCUCCCGUGCCUGCUGCUAUGAGGGAGCCAGGGAGCAGAUCAGCCCGGCCCCUGCAUAGUCUCAGCGUGCUGGCCUUCGACCAAGAGCGUCUGGAGCGGAAGAUCCUGGCCUUCAGGCAGGCACGGCGGCCGGUGCCCCCCGAGGUGGCCCAGCAGUACCAGGACGUCAUACAGCGCAGCCAGUGGCAGAGGGCACAGCUGGAGCAGGGGGGCCCCGGCAUCCGGCGGGAGUACAUGGCCCAGCUGGAGCGGCAGCUGCAGUUCUACACAGAGGCCGCCCGGCGCCUGGGCAAUGAUGGCAGCAGGGAGGCUGCCAAGGAGGCACUGUAUAGACGGAACCUGGUCGAGAGUGAGCUGCAGCGGCUCCGCAGGUGAGGGGCCGAAGGGGCGGGCGGCCCCUGGAGAGCCGGGAGCGGGCCCAAGGCCCCGGCGCUGGGAGGAGCUUACACGGCCACAGCCUCAGACCAGACAAGUAGACAAUCAGUGGACAAGCGGCUCUGGAUGGACACGUUCCCCCGGCUGGGCCCACCUGGCCCGACUGGAGCCUCCCUGGCAGGGGAUAUUGGGGGCGGUGUCCGCCAGCCUGUGUGUGCCCCUCACCUAGGCCUGGCCAGGUGGGCCCCAGAGAGUCCGUUUGCACAGCCCAGGGGUGUGCGGCCCCUUGCCUGCCUCCGAGGUGGGAGGGCAGCUAGGACCAAACCUCAAGGGCCCCUGCAAGCACUUUAGUUCCAGCCCCUCCCCAGCCUUAACCCUGACGCCCACCCACACCCCAAAGAAGCCACUGAGGCCAGCCAGAGCCCAGCUGGCUCCCCAGAGGGUUGCCCUGGCCCAGCUGGGCCCCCAGGGCUGACACAUGGAAUAAACAGCCAGGGCCAUACCUGGCUCACUCUG